AUUGUUCUGCUAGAAUAAAUACACUUAACUGCCUUCAGUUGCUAAUAUCUUUCAACUGACAGAACACCGAAGCAAACCGAGUUGUCUCUGUGAAUUAAAAUGGAACAUUUACGUAGCACAAACGUUGUGUUUGCUAUUGUAAUGGCAUUGUUGGUAGUACAGUCAUCUACACGACCACAACCAGAUGAAUUGGAGGAAAUAAAAAAGACACUGUACAAUGCAUGUGCUGGAAAGUUUCCAAUUACGGAAGAAAUGAAGAAAGAUAUUCUAAAUUCAAAUAUGGUAGAUGAUCAAAAUUUUAAAUGUUUUUUAAGGUGUUGCUUUGACGAGAUGUCAAUGAUUGAUGAAGAUGGUAUUAUCGACGGGGAAUCAUUGAUAUCAAUGGCUACAGACAAUCUUAAGCCAGUCAUUCAGCAAGUCGUUCAGAGUUGUGUAAAAGAUAUUAAGCAAGAUGGUUGUGAAGCUGCAUUCAACUUUAUUAGCUGUGGAUUGAAAUUAAAUCCAAUGACUAUUCAACUGUUGCCAUUGUGAUUGAGAACGAUACAGUUUUGAUUCCAUCCACUCAUAAAUCAAUGGAUAAACAUAGUAAAACCGUCAUUAUACAAAACAUUGUUGAUACGUUCCUAGUACGAAUUACUUGUCUCUAAUGUUUUACUAUUCAAUCAUAUAAAUUAGAUUGAUAGUAAUUUUGCACUCUUAAUAAAUAAACGGUUUUGGCAUUCAA